AUAACUGCUUAUAGCAGUAAGUAGCCUGUAACUAAUAAAUUUUCUCAUACCUACGCCUUAGAGACUUGAAUGAGAAGUAAAAGGCCAGGCAUCUGAAAAUAUCAAAUUCCAUUCCUGUUUAACAUCUGACCCCCAAGUUCACUGGACAUGGCUCCACGUUCACAGCGGCGGAAGCAUAAGAAACCCCCACCAGUGACUCCCAUGGUUGUAAUCCCACCCACAGAAGUGUCUCUGGAUCCUCCAACCCUCUCAAAACCCGACCCUAGCAUUGAUGCACUUGGCUUCAUUUCCUUGGACAAUAAUGUACCAGGUCUGUCCCAGUUGAUCCUUCAAAAGCUGAACAUGAAAAACUAUGAAGAAUACAAGUUGGUGGUAGAUGGGGGAAUGCCAGUAUCAAGCUUUGGAUUUCAGUCUCCACAAGAAAUGUUCCAGAGGAUGGAGGACACCUUCAGAUUCUGUGCUUACUGUAAAGCACUCCCUUAUGGCCUUUCAGAUCACAAGGUUCUCCGGCACUGUAAGAGGUGCAGUAAUGUCUAUUACUGUGGUACGGAGUGCCAAAGGUCAGAUUGGCCAGCACAUAGGAAGGUUUAUCAAGUGCUCCGUCUUGUGGCCGUGGAUCGUGUCAUGGAAUGGCUUCUGGUCACAGGUGAUUUUGUCCUACCCUCAGGACCUUGGCUAUGGCCAGCAGAAGAUAUACAGGAUUGGGAUUCCUGGUUUUCUAUGAGGGGUUUACAGCUAGAGUCUACGCUGAAUGAUGUUCUAGGUAGCCAUGCUAUGACCAUGCUUUGGGCCAGUCUAGGAAAGCCACAGCCAGAACCAGAUGUCCUGCACAGCUCUUUGAAGCGGUUAAUGACAGAUGUUUUGUCACGGCCCUUGACCCUGGGCCUAGGGCUUCGGACUCUGGCUAUAGAUGUUGGGAAGACUGGGGGAAGCACAUUGCAUGUAGUUGGUGCUUCCCACGUGGAAACAUUUCUCAUUGGUUCUGGAGAUUAUGAUGAGCUUGGCUACAUGUUUCCUGAACACCUUGGCCUCCAUGUGAUCAUGGUGGGAGUGGAUGGCAGUGCUAACCUUUUACAGAAUUCCUCACUUUACCCCAUGGAGCCUGGAACAAUUCAGCUUAUUGGCCACAAGGCCCUGUAUCAUGACUUCUGGGAGGAGCAGAUAGAGACUGGGAAUCUAGCUCAUCCAGAUUUGGUAGCUGCAUCCCAUCCAGGUUUCCACGCCACCCCAGUGUUGAUGGAAGCUUGGCUACCUACCCUGCUUCUGCUUCGUGACUAUGAGAUCCCUACACUGAUUACUGUCUACAGCCAACAGGAAUUGGAAGCCUCUUUGCAGAUCCUGGUGAACUUGGAUACACCCAUCAUUGCUUGUGGAGCAAAUCCUUUCACAUCCCUCAAACCUGAACAGGUCUAUUCUAACCCCAAUAAGCAGCCAGUUUACAGCAGUGCCUACUACAUCAUGUUUCUUGGAAGUUCCUCCUGCCAACUAGAUAAGAAACAAUUAGAAGAAAAAGGCCGGAUGGUGGUGGCACACGCCUUUAAUCCCAGCACUCAGGAGGCAGAGGCAGGCGGAUCUCUGUGAGUUCAAGGCCAGCCUGGUCUACAAAUC